AUGAGCGCGUCCAUCAUCGACGCCCUCCCUUACUACGACAAGCAGGUCGAGGCACCAGGCGCCAAGGCCAAGGUUGAGGCGUUGAUUGAGGCCGAGUUAGCGCAAACACCACGAGUUGCCGAGGACGACCCUCGCCUGGGGAGCGAUGUGGACGUCUUCCCAAAAUCUGCAGGCCUAGCGACGCUGUUGGCAAACUAUGCGGACAAACCGAUCCGCGCCAUCGACCCCAGCAAGUAUGCGCCGCCUGCAGUGCCAGAAGGAGCAGAUUUCGCGGCCCUCGAGGAGGCGGAGACUCGCGGGCGCGUUGGCGAAGCGCAUAUGGCGGUCCGUAACGAGAACAUUGGUGUACUGCAGACUUACGGGCCCAACGCGUGGCUCGUGCGCAACUACCAGCUCGCAUCGCAAGCCAAGGAGCUGGAUGGAACGCUUGCGGCACUCAAGGAGGACGUGACCGACGUGAACCGGCAGCGGCGAGCCUAUAACGAGGUGCAGGGCGAGCACCUUGCGCACCUUGAGAACCGGUGGAACGACCUGGUCACGUCGACACUGCAGCUCGAGAUGGCGUGUACUGCGAUGGAGGGUGAGGUGCGUGGGCUAGAGUACCGUGCAGACGAACUGCGCGCCGAGGUUGCGCAGCUCGAGGAGGCGUUAUAG